GGAGCUGAAGGCUGCAGCGCUGCGACCGGAGGGACCCUGCUGGACGGCCGACCCUCUGUCUGUCCGCAUCGCCUCACUCUGGAUCAUUGCGCGCUUUUCUCUUUUCCUGUGCUGGGAGGGUCGGAAUGACAUUCUCCUGAACGGAGGCUGCUGUAAUGAGAGCCUCUGUCCUAGGUCCAGUCUGCGCUCUCAUCCUGCUGCUGCGGGCGCCUUCAUGCCACGCCGAUGAGGUGACCUCCAGCACAGUGAACCCAUGCUGCUCCUUCCCCUGCCAGCACUGGGGUGUGUGUGUGCGCUACACCGAGGACCAGUAUGAGUGUGACUGCACUCACACCGGCUACCGGGGGGAGAACUGCACCGUCCCCGAGUUCUGGACCCGGGUGCGUCUGUUCCUGAAGCCCCGCCCAGAUGCGGUGCAUUACGUGCUCACACACUUCCGCUGGCUGUGGGACGUGGUCAACGCCACCUUCCUGCGGGACGUCCUCAUGCGGCUGGUUCUAACAGCGAGGUCCAACCUGAUCCCGAGCCCCCCCACCUAUAACUCCAGAUAUGGCUACCUCAGCUGGGAGUCCUACUACAAUCUGAGUUACUACACUCGACUUCUGCCCCCGGUGCCUGAGGACUGCCCCACGCCUGUGGGGGUCAAAGGCCGCGCCCCGCUGCCCGACCCCGAGCUGCUGGUGGAGCGGCUCCUGAAGAGAAGGACGUUCAGACCCGACCCGCAGGGCAGCAACCUCAUGUUCGCCUUCUUCGCUCAGCACUUCACACACCAGUUCUUCAAGACCUUCAACCGAAUGGGCCUGGGCUUCACCAAGGCUCUGGCACACGGGGUUGAUGCAGGUCACAUCUACGGAGACAACCUGGAGCGUCAGCUGAAGCUCCGGCUUCACAAAGACGGAAAACUGAAAUACCAGGUGAUAGACGGGGAGGUGUUUCCCCCCAGCGUGUCGCAGGCCCCCGUCAGGAUGAGCUACCCCCCCGGCGUCCCGGCCCAGCGGCAGCUGGCCAUCGGCCAGGAGGUGUUCGGCCUGCUGCCGGGGCUGGGGCUGUACGCCACGCUGUGGCUGCGGGAGCACAACCGAGUGUGUGACGUCCUGAAGGCGGCGCACCCCGUCUGGGACGACGAGCAGCUCUUCCAGACCGCCAGGCUCAUCGUGAUUGGCGAGACGAUCCGGAUCGUGAUCGAGGAGUACGUGCAGCACCUGAGCGGCUACCUGCUGCAGCUGAAGUUCGAUCCCACCCUGCUGUUCAACUCCCAGUUCCAGUACGGGAACCGCAUCGCCCUGGAGUUCAGCCAGCUCUACCACUGGCACCCGCUCAUGCCUGACAGCUUCCACGUGGGCGGGGACGAGCUGUCCUACGAGCACUUCCUCUUCAACACCACCGUGCUCACCCACUAUGGCGUGGAGCGGCUGGUGGAGGCCUUUUCCCUGCAGCGGGCAGGACAGGUCGGUGGAGGUCACAACAUCAACGCCGCGGUGACCAGAGUGGCGGUGGGAGCCAUUAAAGAGUCCCGGCAGCUCCGCAUGCAGCCUUUCAACGAGUACCGGAAGCGCUUCAACCUGAAGCCGUACACGUCUUUCAGCCAGUUCACUGAUGACGAGGAGAUCGCCGCCGCGCUCCAAGAGUUCUAUGGUGAUAUCGACGCUCUGGAAUUCUACCCCGGCUUGAUGUUGGAGAAAACUCGAAAGGGUGCCAUAUUUGGAGAAAGCAUGGUCGAGAUGGGCGCCCCGUUCUCCCUCAAGGGCCUCCUGGGAAACCCUAUCUGUUCUCCAGACUACUGGAAGCCCAGCACCUUCGGGGGAAAAGUGGGCUUCGACAUCGUGAACUCAGCCACGCUGAAGAAGUUGGUCUGUUUGAACACCAGGACGUGUCCUUACGUGGCCUUCAGGGUGCCGGCAGAGGAACCGCCAAGGCCAGGGACAGUUCAGACUGAUGAGCUGUGGGUGUGUUUGGUGUGUUUCCUUCUGCCGGUAAUCAUGACGACGCUGGACGAUAAGCUCCUGGGGGAGAAGCUGCAGUACUACUACAGCAGCAGUGAGGAUGAAGGCAGCGACAAUGAGGAUGAGGAUGGAGAGAGGAAGACCAUCCGGGACGCUGAAGCCGCCGAACCCGAGAUCGAUUACAGCGCAGACGGCAGUGCUGUUAACACAGGACCAAAGGGAGUCAUCAAUGACUGGAGGAAGUAUAAGCAGCUGGAGGUGGAGCAGAAACAGGAGCAGAAGAAAGAGAUGGAGAGGCUGAUCAAGAAGCUGUCCAUGACCUGCCGCUCCGACCUGGACCAGGAGAAAGACCGGGAGAAGCAGAAAGAGCUGCAGGAAAAAAUCAAAGGCAAAAUGACGAUGCAGGAGUACAACAUGCUGCAGGAGGAAGAGGACGACGAAGACUUCCUCCAGCACUACCGCAUGCAGCGCAUCGAGGAGAUGCGGCGCCAGCUGUGCCGCGGGAAGCGCUUCGCUCAGGUGUACGAGCUGAACGGCGGCGAGGACUUCCUGGAGGCUCUGGACAAGGAGGACAAGAGCACGCUGGUGAUGAUCCACAUCUACGAGCCGGAGGCGGCGGGCUGCGAGGCGCUGAGCGGCAGCCUGCUGUGCCUGGCGCAGGAGUACCCGCUGGUCAAGUUCUGCAGCGUGCGCAGCUCGGCCAUCAGCACCAGCGCUCUGUUCAGGGACAGCGCCCUGCCCGCGCUGCUGGUCUACAAGGGAGGGGACCUGAUAGGGAACUUCGUCCGGCUCACGGACCAGCUCGGGGAGGACUUCUUCGCCGUGGACCUGGAGGCGCUGCUGCAGGAGUACGGCCUGCUGCCCGACAAGAACCCCGUCGUCCCCAAAACGGUCCGCAACGGGGCCAUCGUGCAGAGCGCCGCCAGCGACGAGGACUCUGACCUCGAUAUUGACUAGAGCAGAGCCUGAUGGCUGGCCUGGGGGGCGUGGACUGGAGGCCCGGCGAGCCGGCAUCGACCCGUGUGUCCAGCAGCCAGCGCGGAACCAAACCACUCCACUGCCCCACAGCAGACCAUUCUGCGCACGUAGAAGUCUCGCAGGACAUUCCAGCUGAGCUGGCUUUAGGCUCUCGCCUGUUAUUUAUUUGUGUUUCACGCUUCCUGGCAUCAAACCCUUCCUCUCAGUGGACCGUCGGUUCAUUUUCUAACUUUUCUAUGUGCUGUACCAUUCCAAACCAAUAAACCCUUUAGACACCGUG